AUGAAGUUCCUUGCUUCCUCGAGCAAUCUGCUCUUCCGAUACUCUCCCGAGCCCGUCAUUCCUCCAGUCGCCCAGCGCUACCUGGGCUCUCCGGUCCAUCCGAUUCACCCGAAGAUUGCAUAUAUGUAUGAGCAUCGUGAUCCAACUACACUUUGGUGGCGGGUCUCAGUAUCACACCUAAACCAGUUCAAACGGACCAUUCGAUCUUGGUGCGCGCGGAGGGCGCGCAUUGCCUUCCAGGAAGCUCUCAGGCGCCAAGGAUAUGAUAAACUUGGGCGUCCCCUUUCUCCACCCAUUUCGAUGGAAAAGCAGGCCUUUUUGGGAUCCUUGGAAGUUACCAUUCGCCCCUCGUGUGUACACCAGAGCUUCGAGGCCGUGCAGAAAGAUGCCGACUUCCUCUUACAAGGCAUCUUGAAACAGCGAGAAAGGCGCGCUGAGCGUUCCAAAAACAGAGGCAGAUCUUCUUGA